AUUACAACCCCAGCAGACAACCCCAGCAUUUGCAUUACAACCCCAGAGUGUGUAUCAUCAGAUGAUCAGUGCAGUGACAGAGUGUGGGUUAUUUAGGUAACUGAGACUCUUUAGCCACAGGGUAGUCAGGCAUGCACAAGACUUUGGAAUAAUGCAAGGACACAGCAUUUGGGUGAUUUUGGCCUUGUCAUGGCUUUUUUGCUCUGGAUCACAUGCGGACCAGGAGACCAGGCUUCAGUGUGAUGAUUUAAAUGUCUACGGUGCCGUGGAUUUGGUUCUUUCAGCACAUAAUAAAGGAUUAACUGAAGGAAACCAGCUGGCUCUGUAUCAGAUCAUUGAGGCUGCACAGUCCCAGAAUGAAUCAAGCAAUUUUCUCUCAGUACAUUUUACAGCAAGGGAAUCGAACUGCACAGCAGGAGAAGACAAAACCUGGCAGAAAUGUGACUACAUUCAAGAUUCCUCAAAGUUGCUCAGACAUUGUCAUGCAAGACUCCUGCUGAAAGAAACUCAAGAGAUCUUAUCACAUCACUGUUCAGUGGAGCCCCCACUCAUUGCAGAGCCACGGCCUCCAUGUCUGGGCUGUCCUGAGAGUAUCAGCGUGAAGAGUAGUGACAUUAAAGAGUCUCUGAGUUAUUCCCUUUCCAAAGCCAACGAAGUGAGCGACCACACGCAUCAUUUCGUCCUCAACUCUGUCGCCUGGGCCACAAGACAGGUGAUAGCCGGAUUCAGAUAUCAGCUCCAGUUUGACAUGCGGAAAAGUAACUGCAGUAAAGAAGACUUUAAGUACAUUACUGACGAGUGUCACCCAGACGCUACAGAACUGACAUUCAUCAACUGCAACUCGACUGUGGAUGUGGCCCCGUGGAGACAUGAGCUCCCUGGCAUUUCCUUAAAGUGUGAAUCUGGACCUUUACAAACGAGCCUUAUAACUCGCAGACGUCCUCCAGGUUGGAGUCCACUAAGGAACAUUCAUGACUUUGAGGUCAAACCUAACAAAAAUGAUUCAUCUGAAGAAUCUCAGGAGAGCAAAACACUUUCAGAAAGCCAAAACCCAACUACAGAGCUUAAGCCCUCUCUGUCCACAGAUGAGGCGCUCAGGCUUGAUAAUAGCACUUCCUUUAACUGUCCCAGCAAACCAUGGAAAGUUUUUGUUGUCAGAGCUAAUCCUCCACCUCGUCCUCGUCCUGACAUCCGUGAGCAGCCGCUUGAGUUAGUUCUUGAUCCAUAACCAACAUCCAUAGAAUCUACAUUCGAAUCCAUCUUUUAUCAAAUUUUGAACAAAGUAUUGCUGACAUUUCCAUAUACAAUUUUACAGUGAUGUAGAGUGAAUUAUUCUAUCUAAAUAAAGAGGAAAAUACACACCUUUAA